AUGGUCGCAAAUGCCAUUGGUAAAUCGGACAAUUCUCGCAUUGUGAACACUCCCCUAGGAGAAAAUACCGAUUCGGUGUAUGCUAUCUGUGAUGGAAGGCGAUUGACUAAACUGGUCGUGGUGAAUUUGCGGGCUUUUGCCCAGACUACCACGGGAACUCGUCCACAUAGGGCUUACAACUUCCAUGUGCCUGCACGUCAUCGCAGCGCUAAUGUGGAGCGUUUGAUUGGUCCGGGUAGUGACGCGCUUGUUAACAUUACUUUCAGGGGGAUUUUCUAUGACUAUGCAUUGCGUCGGGGGAUGCCCGUGCCUGUGCAUGCAUUGGAGGAGGUGGCUAGGGUUCGGGAUGGCGUGUUGACUGUUGAGGUUCCUGUUUCUUCUGCGGUUCUUCUUUCUUUGGAUUAG